AUGCAGCCGGACGAAGAUGCCGCCGACAGACGACUGGGCGACGUUUCGGUCGGCAGUGGCUUGGAUGGUGAGGUAUCUGACGGAAAGUCAGAUGGUGAUAAGGGUAGCUCGCGGCCGGUCGUUACUGACGCAGCAGACUCAUUGGAGACACCUAGGAUUCUCCAAAGAAGUCUCCUGGAAGCCUCCAAGGCGACUCCUGGGAGAACCUCCAAGACGACUCCUGGGGGAGUCUCCAAGACGACCCCUGGGGGAGUCUCAAAGACGACUCCUGGGGGAGUCUCCAAGACGACUCCUGGGGGAGUCUCCAAGACGACUCCUGGGGGAGUCUCCAAGACGACUCCUGGGGGAGUCUCCAAGGCGACUCCUGGGGGAGUCUCCAAGACGACUCCUGGGGGAGUCUCCAAGACGACUCCUGGGGGAGUCUCCAAGACGACUCCUGGGGGAGUCUCCAAGACGACUCCUGGGGGAGUCUCCAAGACGACUCCUGGGGGAGUCUCCAAGACGACUCCUGGGGGAGUCUCCAAGACGACUCCUGGGGGAGUCUCCAAGACGACUCCUGGGGGAGUCUCCAAGACGACUCCUGGGGGAGUCUCCAAGACGACUCCUGGCAGUCUCCAAGACGACUCCAGGGGAGUCUCUAAGACGACUUCUGGGAGUCUCAAGACGACUCCUGGGAGUCUCCAAGACGACUCUUGGUGGAGUCUCCAAGGCGACUCCUGGGGGAGUCUCCAAGACGACUCCUCGGGGAGUCUCCAAGACGACUCCUGGCAGUCUCCAAGACGACUCCUGGGAGUCUCCAAGACGACUCCUGGGAGUCUCCAAGACGACUCCUGGGAGUCUCAAGACGACUCCUGGGAGUCUCCAAGACGACUCCUGGGAGUCUCCAAGACGACUCCUGGGGGAGUCUCCAAGACGACUCCCGGGGGAGUCUCCAAGACGACUCCCGGAGGAGUCUCCAAGACGACUCCUGGGGGAGUCUCCAAGACGACUCCUGGGGGAGUCUCCAAGACGACUCCUGGGGGAGUCUCCAAGACGACUCCUGGGGGAGUCUCCAAGACGACUCCUGGGGGAGUCUCCAAGACGACUCCUGGGGGAGUCUCCAAGACGACUCCUGGGGGAGUCUCCAAGACGACUCCUGGGGGAGUCUCCAAGACGACUCCUGGGGGAGUCUCCAAGACGACUCCUGGGGGAGUCUCCAAGACGACUCCUGGGGGAGUCUCCAAGACGACUCCUGGGGGAGUCUCCAAGACGACUCCCGGAGGAGUCUCCAAGACGACUCCCGGAGGAAACCCAGAACUACCCGAGCAUAAGCGGAUGGAGGACACUCAAGUUGGACGACCUUCGGGCGCAUCAUGGCAUAAGGCACCCGGUCGAAUCUGGGGGCCGUUCGGGAUGAACGGAACCGUCCGACCGAGUGAUUGCGAUUUUGCCAUUGGCCCGUGGCCGGCGGAAAGAGUCAUGUUCGAACAGAGAGAAAAAUGCGAUUAG